CUGAGAACCAUUGAUUGAAUGAAUGAACCUUCAAGAACCCCCAAAAAUAUCAGAAACAAUUCGCUCUCCUUCUUCUGCUUCUAGACGAUGUCGUCAGCCAUGGAUGUUAUGACUCACUCUUCAAGCUUUCUCCUUCCUACCGAAGAAACUCCAGGGAAGAGAUACGCUCUCGUUGUUCUUAACCAGAAUUUACCGCGAUUCACUCCUCUUCUCUGGGAACAUGCAAAACUUCGUCUCUGUGCUGAUGGCGGCGCUAAUCGCAUCUACGACGAGUUACCUCUCUUCUUCCCUCAUGAAGAUGCUUCCUCCAUUCGUCACAGGUAUAAGCCGGAUGUUAUCAAGGGAGAUAUGGAUUCUAUUCGCCCUGAUGUCCUCGACUUUUAUCUCACCUUGGGAACCAAGGUCAUAGAUGAAUCUCAUGAUCAGGAUACCACAGAUCUUGAUAAAUGCAUUGUUUAUAUCCGUGACUCUGCUUCCAAUCAAGAGACUUCUAGAUUCCAGAUUCUUGCCACUGGAGCACUCGGGGGAAGGUUUGAUCAUGAAGCCGGUAAUCUCAACGUCUUGUAUCGAUAUCCAGACACAAGGAUUGUCCUUUUAUCUGAUGAUUGCCUCAUCCAACUCCUCCCAAAGACUCAUCUACAUGAAAUACACAUUCACUCUUCUCUUGAAGGUCCUCACUGUGGACUCAUCCCUAUUGGUACUCCAUCUGCCAAAACCACUACUUCUGGGCUUAAAUGGGAUCUCAGCAACACUGAGAUGAGAUUUGGUGGGUUGAUAAGUACAUCAAACUUGGUUAAUGAAGAGAAGAUCACAGUCGAAUCGGAUUCGGAUCUUCUCUGGACUAUUUCUAUCAAGAAAACUGGGCUUCCGGUAGAAAACAAUACACCUUAGGCGCUCGCUGUAAAAAAAGAAGACUCUUUAGUAAUAUUAUUCCUGGUGCAUCUAAUAACUUAAACAUUAUUUUUGUUGUUUUUAAUUUCACUAUUCGAGCUAGUAAUACUUGGCUGUACCACUACUGUCGUUCUUUGAACAUUAUUAGAUGCUUUUUUAAACGAGAUCUAUUUCUUUGGUUUUGUCAUUUU